AUGCGUAGCCUCGACGGCGAUGCUGACGAUAGGAUUAACGCGCUGUUCGAAAAGCCCAUCAUUGAAGUUGACGACCUUAGGUAUUUCCACGUUCGUGAUCUAUCUCGCCCCACAUCUCCCACCGCGGUUGGACCUCAGACUGAAUCUCUAGAAGAAAUUAGUGGGGUAGAGCAGGGCGUAUAUAACAACGAU